GAGUUACAGUUUUUUUCAGUCGCUAACAAGCGUUUGUCCAAACAGUUGUCACAUUUUCAAAACUCUAAACACAAUUAGCACAGCAUCAGUCUUUUGUGGCCAUACCAUUCACACAUUUCAUGUCGUUUUCACACAAUAUGCAAUCAGUAAACACAUUUCCACAAUGCUUACAUUUCCUUAACAGACAAGUUAUACCUCUCAACAAAAUUAUGGAUUGUUUUUGUAGUAUUCAAGAAUGUUAACACACAACAUCCCACAAUAGCAACAACAAUAUUCCAAACCUUAGAUACAGUAUAAAAACCUCUGCUUCUGCAAUGAUAUCAGUUCAAAAACAAUAUAUCUCAGCUGAUAAUAAACAAACAAUUGAAUAAUUGACACACAGCUGAUUUAUGUUGGGUGAAUUGGGCCAACCACAGCUGAUUCCAGUCUGGCUUAGACUCAGUGGCAGGGGUUAUUUUUUUCUAUUACUAUAAAAAGAGGACUUUGAGGAGUGAUGUUUUUGGAAACAGAAACAGAAAAAGACAAACACUGUAAUGUUUGGACGUGGAAGAGGAAGAGCAAGGGGCCCAGGGAGAAGACCAGCUCCAGUGAGAGAUGCAGGGCCAGGGAGAGGUGCAGUAAGAGAUGCAGUAGGAGGUGCAGUGAGAGGUGCAGUGAGAGGUGCAGUGAGAGGUGCAGGAACAGGAGCAGGCCCAAGGAGAGGGCAAGGUAGAGGUGUAAGAAUGCGUGGUGGUGGCAUUCCAAGGGCUGCAAGAACAGUAGUCAGUGAUGAAAUUCGUGCCACUAUCAUUGACCAUGUCUCUCACUAAGAGAGGCUGGUGAAAGAGUGCAACCCAAUUUGAGGCGGUCAACGGUUGCCGCCAUUAUUCACAUCUUUCAACAAACCAACAGAAUGCAACGUCUUCCACCCUCUGGGGGAAGAGGAAAGCUCCUCAAUAAUGAUCAAGAGCUUGCCAUUGUAGAAAUGGUUGUUGCAAAAAUGCAAUAAAACUGCAUGAAAUUAAAACUAGAAUUGUGGAGGACCAUGAGAUAUUUGGCAAUAUAGAAAGCAUCAGCCUCACAACCAUUACACGUACAUUGUCCAAACACAGAGUGCGGAUGAAGCAGCUCUACACUGUUCCCUUUGAGAGGAACAGUGAGAGAGUCAAGGAGCUACGACGACAAUAUGUCCAGAGAGUUAUGGAAUUGAAGGCCAACCAGGCCCCUCAUGAAUUCAUUUACAUAGAUGAGGCAGGAUUCAAUUUAUCCAAAAGGCGUCGACGUGGACGAAAUAUAAUUGGAAAAAGGGCCACAGUUGAUGUGCCAGGACAGAGAGGGGCAAACAUUACCAUGUGUGCAGCAAUGGCAAAUGCAGGAUUACUCCUUCACAGAUGUCAGGUUGGACCCUAUAAUACCGAGCGCCUCCUUGCCUUUCUCAAUGAUCUCCACCAGCGCCUGGUACCAGAGCAGGAUCAGGAGGGUGAAAACAUGAGGACCUUUGUAAUUACCUGGGACAAUGUUGCUUUCCAUCAUUCGCAAGCAAUAACAGCAUGGUUUGAAGUCCACCCAAGACUGGUAAGUCUCUUCCUUCCACCCUAUUCACCUUUCCUCAACCAGUUCUUUUCUGCAUGGAGGUGGAAGGUUUAUGACCAUCAGCCACAUGACCAGAUGUCCCUCCUUGAAGCCAUGGAUGCUGGCUGCAGGGACAUCACAGUUCAAGAUUGGCAAGGGUGGAUCCGACAUACCAAGCGGUUUUAUCCCAGAUGCAUCGCCUUGGAUGAUAUCAGAUGUGAUGUUGACGAAAACAUGUGGCCGAACCAUGAAGAUCGCAGGGAUUAGAUACAUUAAUUUUGUGCUAUUUUUAGUUCCCCCCUUCUUAUCUGGGCUUUUUGCUGUUUUGUUUUUUGUUUUUCAGAAUGCUCUUAUAUAUGAUAUUUUGUUCACUGUAAGCAAUACUGUAAAACUUUUUCUGUUCUAUUAUAUUGUGUUU